AUGCAGUCAUUUUUCCAAUACCGCCGCUUUCAACAGCAUGUGACAAGGCAGUACGAGCGAGACAAGUCCAAAGCAGAAGCAUUGGCGAAUUCUGACACAUCAGAGUCCACUUCGCCUUCCUCUUCCAAUGCAGUCAACACGCCCCGAUUCACUGAUGCGCCCGACCAUGUCGACACACGAGAUCCAGAGAAAGGCGAGCAAUCCAACCCUCAACCACUCGACUCUCGGGACCACGUCGAGACGCAUGACUCGGAGAACGAGGAGCAAAAGGGCCAAGGCUUUGCACCCACACAGCCUGCGCCCAGUAGCAGACGCGCAUCACAUGGUGGAGAAGCACCAGAGGAUAUGAGCAGGGCAUCGACGGUACCGACGAGAAAAAGCAUGGGAACGGCGUUGGGCACAACGCUGACUGGGAUCGACAUACGAGAUCGGAGCACAAAAGAAGGUGGGAACGGUAGGGUGUUCGUUGUUGGCUAUGAAGGCGAGAAAGACAUGAUGAAUCCGCAUAAUUGGAGCUUUCCCACCAGACUUGCUGCGACACUCAACAUCGCCUUUAUUGGAUGGAUCGUCGGUUUCGCGUCCAGCGUCGACUCCGCUGCUCUCAUGCAAGCAACAGCCGACUUCGGAGUCAGCGAGGUCACCGAAUCUCUCGCAACAGGCAUCUUCUUGAUCGGCUUCGGUGUCGGGGCCUUGUUCGCAGGACCAGUCUCGGAAACUAUCGGCCGGAACCCAGUCUAUAUUGCCACACUCUCGCUGUACAUGAUCUUCAUCAUGGCAUCGGCACUUGCUCCAAACAUUGGCGCACAACUCGCUUUCCGCUUCAUAGCUGGAUGCUUCGCCGCUACUCCGUUGGUUUGCGCUGGCGGUUCAAUAUCAGAUCUCUGGGAUCCCAUGGAGCGGGUCUAUGCUUUCCCCGUGUUCGCAAACGCUGCCUUCAUGGGUCCAAUCUUCGGUCCGAUCAUUGGCGGCUUCGUCGGAGAAUCAUCGCUUGUCUCAUGGCGGUGGUGCGAUUGGAUCACUCUGAUCAUUUCUGGACUCGUCCUCUCCCUCGUUAUUUUCCUUCAGCCCGAGACAUACGCUCCAAUUCUGUUGAAGUGGAAAGCAACACAUCUGCGGCAACUGACUGGCGAUGAUCGGUACAAAGCUGAGAUCGAGAUCCGAGACGUUUCUUUCCUUCGACGACUCGGCACUGCCCUUUACCGUCCGUUCGUUCUCACAUUCAGCGAGCCUAUCAUCAUCCUCAUUGCUCUGUACCUGACAGUCAUCUAUAUCAUCCUCUUCACCUUUCUCAAUGGUUACACCUUCGUCUUCACCGAGACGUAUGGUUUCUCGGAGGGAAUAACUGGCCUUGUCUUCAUAGGUAUCGGGAUUGGACUUUGCCUUGCCUCACUCCUUGUACCCAUCAUAUACAAAUGGGCCAAAAAUGAUCUUGCCAAGAUCAAAGAGCAAGGCGGGACCCAACUUCCACCGGAGUUCAGGCUAUGGUUUGCCAUGUUUGGAGCCCCAGCUAUACCGAUCAGCAUGUUCUGGAUGGGAUGGACAGAUUAUUCGUGGAUCUCCUAUUGGUCCCCUCUUGGAGCCAGCGUCUUGUUCGGAUAUGGCAUCUUGUGCGUCUUCAUCAGCAGCUAUCAAUACAUCAUUGAUAGCUACGAGUCAUACUCCGCGAGUGCGCUUGCCAGUGUAACAUUCAUUCGAUACGUGGCUGCAGGUGGAAUGGUUGAAGUGGCCAUUCCCUUCUACAAGCAUCUGGGAGUGCAUUGGACGUUGACCAUCUUGGGUGCUUUGAGCGCUUUGCUGGUGCCUGUCCCGUACCUCUUCUACCACUUCGGCACCACGAUUCGAGGGAGAAGCAAAUACGCCCUGGUCAAGGGAUGA